GCCACAGAGAGAUCGCUCAGUUAGUGUACAGCAGUCGCGCGCGUAGCUCUUGUUUGCCGCUAUUGAUGCGAGCAGGAACGCGAAGUCAAAGUUUCACUAUUGGUGGUUGCUUGAGGGCUGUGAAAUAAAUACAAAUUUUGUGUAAAAGUAAAAAUAACGUUAAAUAAUUUAAAUACGCUUCGCUUUGAAAAGUGUUCAGUAAAAAGUGGAUGAUAGAAUUAAAAAAAACUCUUAAGAAUUAAAAAACGCAAUAACAAAUGGCCAACGAGAUUCCUGCUAGCGGCAGUAUUUUAGGCAAAUGCCUUCCUGCGCGUUACAUACUGGCAAUACUCGGCUCUUGUGGUAUGGCUAUAAUUUAUGGCCUGAAGGUAAACCUCAGCGUUGCAAUGGUGGCUAUGUUGAAUCACACGGCCAUAGCGGCAGGACAUAACCUUACUCAUGCAAUUCAUAAUUCGAGUGAGAUCGCCCAAGCGCAAGAAGAAGUGUGCAUAAAUCCAAACGCCAGAAAUGGAACAGCACAAGAGGAUGGGCCCUUUGUAUGGAGUGAAGGAGUGCAAGGAACUUUGCUGAGCUGCUACUUUUGGGGCUAUUUGGUCUCUCAACUACCGAGCGCACGCGUAGCCGAAAAAUUUUCUGCCAAAUGGGUAAUGUUCGUUUCAGUGGGUAUUAAUGUGAUUGCCACCUUGCUGACCCCUGUGUUGACGAAAACACAUUAUGCCGGUUUAAUUGUAAUGCGAGUAUUGGAAGGCAUAGGUGGCGGCGCCACUUUUCCCGCUAUGCACUGCAUGAUCGCUGCUUGGGCACCACCCAAUGAACGGUCUGUCAUGUCGACAAUUAUUUAUGUGGGAACUUCCUUUGGAACAGCAAUUUCUAUACUCUUGGCUGGUGUUUUAUCUGCAAAAUGGGGCUGGGAAUCUGUCUUCUACUGGAUGGGUUGUCUAAGUGCAAUCUGGAUGAUUUUGUGGCUGUUCCUCAUACAAGACAAUCCAAACAAACAGCGAUUUAUCAGCCCAGAGGAGAGACAAAUGAUAACCUCACAGUUGGGAACCGAUAAUACUAAAGAACAAGAGGAACAUCCACCAGUUCCGUGGAAAAAAGUAUGGACUUCUGUACCAUUCUGGGCCAUUUUAAUUGCUCAUUGCUGCAGUAACUGGGGUUGGUACAUGUUCCUGAUCGAAAUCCCGUUCUAUAUGAAACAAGUUUUGAAAUUCGAUGUAUCAACCAAUGCCCAGUUCAGCGCAUUGCCCUACUUCCCAAUGCUGGUUUUGAGUAUUUUAUUGGGUAAAACUCUGGAUACACUCAGAGCCAAAGGAAAAAUUACCACUACUACCGCACGUAAGACGGCUACCACCAUCUGUACAAUCAUACCUGGCAUUUGUCUUCUAGCCCUGUGCAAUAUCGGCUGUAAGCAAACAGCUGCAGUAGUCAUCAUGACAAUCGGCAUUAUCGGCAUGGGCGGCAUGUUUUCUGGAUUCCUCUCUAAUCACAUUGACAUUGCGCCAAACUACGCUGGCACACUGGUCGCAAUUACCAACUCUGCAGCAACUAUUCCGGGCAUCAUAGUUCCAAUAUUUGUCGGCUAUGUGACAACAAACAACCAAACUAUUGGAGCCUGGCGUAUAAUUUUCUAUGUAACAAUUGUCCUUUUCGCUAUCGAAUUCUUGGUAUUUGUCAUAUUUGGAUCGGGCGAGGAGCAAUCAUGGCAUAAGGUGGAGAAAAAAGAAGGAAAAGACGAAUCAACCCCAUUGAAGGCUCAGCCAGCAAAGGACAAUGUGUAAAGUCAUGAAGCGCUUCGCAGGAAUAUAUGAGAUUUUAAGUUAAUUUAGCUAUUGUUUAAUUUUACCAUACAUUUACUAAGACGUAGCUGUACAUACAUCAUACAUUAAUGCAAGAAGUUGCUUUCAUUUAAUACCAAUUUAAAGUUAAGUACAGUAAAUAAUAUGUAUUAAAUUACUCAAAGAACUAUUUGUUAUAAAUAAAUGUACCGAAUGAGCAAGAA